AUGGACGCUCUGAACUUCCUCAAGUUCUGGAGACACGCUACCAUGACCACUACCUCCGAACCCCACCUUGUGGUGGAAACCGACACCGAAUCCGACGAAGACGACUCCUUCUUCGACUUGGAGCUCACGCUACCCGAUUUCGACUACAAAGAAAACAACACCACUAGCAAAAACGACGACGAUCCAAAACAAACGACGACAACAACAACAACCGAACUAAAACGUCUUCCCUCUAAGGAGGAACCCAUCAAAACAGAAAACGGUGUUCCGUUCAAAUCCACUCUUCCUCUGUCUCCUCCCGAACCUAUCUCCAAACGUAAGGUCCUCCCAAUCGAGCCUAUAUCCAAACCUCAAUCUCCCAUUGCGCUUCUCAGGUCCGCUCCGAGCUUCAGAAUCUUCAUGUUCCGAAAGCGAAACAGAACUCCUCCGCAGAAAACAGAGCACUCUGCAAACGAGGCCAAGGUCUUCGCGGUGAAGCUCAGCGUCGAUGAUUUUCGAUCCUCUCCCGCCCUCAGUAGGGAUAACAGCACGAGAAGUUUCGGGAGCAAGCUUCGGGGUUUCAGCUACGAGGAACCGAAACCGGAGCGGUUUUCGAAGGAGGUAUUGCGGAAGUACCUAAAGCUUAUCAAGCCUCUAUAUGUGAAAGUCUCGAAGAGGUAUAGUGAUAAAGGCAAAUUCUCAGGCGAGGGUUACGCCGCUUCACCGUCGUCUUCGCCGUCGGCGUCAUCUGUUUCUUCUAGGGUGGACAAACAGGUGAAGGGGAUGAGGGUUGUUUCGAAGCAUUUGGGGAAGAGUCGGUCGGCAUCGUCCGCGGUGGCCGGAAUUGGUUCUCCGGCGAAAAAGAGCGACGAUACGCUGCUGCUGCAGCAUGAUGGGAUUCAAAGCGCCAUCCUUCAUUGCAAAAGGUCCUUUAACUGGAGAGAAGGAUCAAUGUAUUCGGUGAGAAACUCAUUUGACGGUGAACGCGGUGCAAAAGAGUAA